AUGCACACGGCAUCUGAGAAUCAGGAGACUCCGACAGAUAUACAGCCAGGGGAAGAAAUAACCUACGACUAUGGGGGGACUGAUUGCCCAUGGAGAACACAGACCAAAGACCAACCUCAUGCAGCCAUGUCCUCUGAGUCUCAUGUCACCAGACCAGCUGAGAUGGCUACAGAGUCACCUCCAGGCCCCAGCACACAGACCAAAGACCAACCUCAAGUAGGCAAGUCUCCAGCGUCUCAUAUCUCCAGACCGGCUGAGAUGGCUACAGAGUCACCUCCAGGCCCCAGCACACAGACCAAAGACCAACCUCAAGUAGGCAAGUCUUCAGCGUCUCAUAUCUCCAGACCGGCUGAGAUGGCUACAGAGUCACCUCCAGGCCCCAGCACACAGACCAAGGACCAACCUCAAGCAGCCAAGUCUUCAGCGUCUCAUGUCUCCAGACCGGCUGAGAUGGUUACAGAGUCACCUCCAGGCCCCAGCACACAGACCAAAGACCAACCUCAAGCAGCCAAGUCUUCAGCGUCUCAUGUCUCCAGACCGGCUGAGAUGGCUACAGAGUCACCUCCAGGCCCCAGCACACAGACCAAGGACCAACCUCAAGCAGCCAAGUCUUCAGCGUCUCAGGUGUCCAGACCGGCUGAGAUGGUUACAGAGUCACCUCCAGGCCCCAGCACACAGGCCCUCUGUGGCUUUGCAACACCUCCCCCUCCUGGAAUAAAGCAUCAGUUGUGGAAGCUACUCAACAACAUGGUGCAUGAUGAUGUGUACCGUGCAGUCAAGUCUGAUUCCUGCAUAAUAGAAUAUGAGGAUGUGCACUUUGACAGUGACCAAGAUGGAGAACCUGGGGGUUCAUGUGAUCAUGUGACAGACCAUGAGUCGGACGCGGAAGAGCAUCCAGGCACAAGAGUGAAGGAGACUGUACAGUACAGUACUGAGGAUGACACUGUGACAACUACGCAGAUUGCGGAUACACACAAACAACAAAAAAUGCUGAAAGAGGCAAAAGGGCAUCCAGGCACAAGAAUGAAUGAGACUGCACGCACUACACCAGAGGAGGACACUGUGACAACUACGCAGACUACAGAUACAUAA